ACAUCCUUCCCGUGCCAUAGUUACACGAAAAAGUGGUCAAUUUGAGUGGUGAUCACUAGUUUUAAUGGAUGGUUAUAAUAUAAAAUUAUGUUCUUUAAUUUAAAUGUAGAUUCAGAUUGCACUUGACUCAUUUUUUCACUAAGAAAUCAAUUCAAUAAUCAAAUAUAUUUCCAUUUUCAUACAGAGAACGAGAAAUUUCACCAGACUGCCAGUGUAGGCAAAUUUGAAAAAACAGUAACAUUUCAACGGCGUCAUUCGAUCGUACUUCAUGAACAUCUUAUAUACACUGUAUAGUAUUGAACUAGCAUGCUGUGAGUGAUAAUGUCAAGAAUCUACUGUGGAGAAGAUAUAUCGUCAUGGGUUGAUAGGUAAGAUAUUAAGUGUUCAAUGUUUUCUUUAACUAUUGUAAAUUUUCUUGAUAAUUAAAUAUAUUCACCAUGUAAUUAUAAAAAUAAUUAUACUAGGAAAAAAUGGCAUUGUUGCUGAAAGUGAAAUGGAACACAAAACAUUUUCUUUUAUUUUUGCCUUGUGUGCAUAUUUACAGGACUGAAUGCAGUAUUAAAUAAUCAUGGCAUAUAAUUCCAGUAUAAUGGUUUAAUCAAGGAUUCAAAAGAGAUAUAUAGUAUAGAACUUAAACAAAAGUAAAUGAUGAUAUGAACUUACUGAAAUAUGUACAUGUAUACCAUUUUUUUUAUUUGUUUUUUCUUAACAACUUGAUCUUUGUUCAAAAUUAGCCCAUCAGAAUCACAAGAUAGUGACAGCGACAGUGACAUUAUUCCUCCCACCCCAGAAAAGAUCACUGUGAAAAGAUUGCAACUAAAAAGGGUUAGGACUUAGGAGCAUUUACCAUUUUUUCAAAUGUUAUUCUUAAAAAUGUAUAUGCAUUGUAGGAAACCAAGUUGUCCAUUUAAUCCAUUUGUGCAACCUUGUAUAACAUUAAUUCAUGAGAGGUUCCAUGAAUAUCAUAGGCAUUCAUCAGUUUACCAGGAUAACUAAGUAUUACAAAAAAGCAAGGAAACUUGAAUUUGGCAAAAUUAUGUUAUUUUGUUGGAAAUUAUUUUGCAAGUCCUUGGAAAGCAAGGUAUUUAUUUUGUGAUGAAAUCAUCAUAUCUUAAAUCUUCAUAUUCUACUGCUUCCAUGCAUGAAAUAUAUGUUACAUUUGAUAAUUUUUUUUUCUCUAUUUGCAGUUAUCUUUGCCUAUUGUAGAAAAGUUGGAAUCCAAGUUGGAAGUUGAAUGCACACCCAGUACAAGUCUAUUGCAGAAGAAACCAAGAAAGAAAUUAUUACAAGAUCCACAAGGAGCUACACCAGAGCUGGGAACAUCUCUAACUUUAUCAGGUAGAUCUCAUAAUCAUUCUCAGACAUACAUAAAUGGUCAUAUACAGCUAUUUUCUUGUGAUAUUUACACUGGAAAUCAGUUAGUAGAUUGUGAUGAUCUAGAUAAAUCAACUCAAACAAUCAUUACUUUCGGAGUCAGUGAUAGAGGAGAAAGACAAUGUCAUUUGAUAUGAAAAACAGUGACAUAAUUUCAAUGAUUGAAAAAAAAACUAUAAAAGAAGUUGCAACAGAUUUACUGGAAAAGGGAAAACAGAUAAGCAAUGUGUCGCUGAAGUUGAACUCUUACUAUAAGAAGGUAAAAAGGAUUGGUGAAACUAAUGCCAAAUUGAAAAAAACAAGAAAUGUUGACUAUUACAAGGAAUUUUUGGAAGGAGAGUUCCGUCUGCCGUCAUAUUCCAUUGAUUCCUCUGGAAAUCAUGAUUUGACUGAACAGGAAUUGACUAAUCUUCAGCCCAACAACAAAACUGCCGCAUAUAUUAUUUCUGAAAUUGCACAUGAAAGACGAGCAGAAAAAUCCAAGACUUUUGAAUUACAACAAGAGGUUGAAAAAAAAGAUGAAGAAUUAACCAAAGUGAACAUAGAAAAGAAGUACAUAUCCAUCCAAAGCGGUCAAAAAUCGGCAGAACUUAAAAGAACAAGAACUCGAGAAACAUAUUACAGAAACAAAGUGGCAAAGUUUGAAGGAGUUGUAAGUGCAAAUGCAGAAGAUCACAGGUGUGAAAUGGAGAGAAAAAUCCAUUCGUUACAACAGGAAAACCUCAAUAUCAGAAAACAACUCACUGAAAUGGAUUUUCAAAGAGAAGUCGACCAGGAGGUUUUUGAUGCACAACAAAAGAAUGUGGUGAACUUAUUUGAUGAAGAUUCAUUGAAGUACACGCCAGAACUCCAAACUUGUGUACACACUUUAUUAUGUAAUCAUGUUAGUACAACAAGGAUUAGUCCUGUUAUAGAGGCAUGCUUAAAACUGGUUGGUAAAACUCCCAAUAGACUUCCAUCAGCUACAACUAUCAAUAACAUGAAUGUACAGAGGUUGGUACUGUCACAGAAACAGCUAUCUGAGGAGAUAUCCAAGAAAGAGAAUACCACAAUAGAGACUGAUGAAACAUCUAAAUUUGGUACAAAGUUUGGUGUGUAUGCUGUUAGAGACUCUGACGGAAAUCCGUAUGUUUUGGGAUUGAGAGAACUUGUAACAAAAUCAGGAAAAGAUACAUUACAGGCCUUUAAAGAGAUUCUGUUUGAUUUAGAUCAGAGGUACUACAAUACGCAGAGUUUAACUUCUCAAAACAUGUUGUUUCAUAUUCGUAACACUAUGUCUGACCGUGCGGCAACAGAAAUGAAAUUCAAUCAGUUAUUGGAAACAUACCGAUGUGAAGUUCUUCCCGAAAUGGUGCAAGAUUGGAAUGACUUAGAUGAAGAGGACAGAAAUGUUUUGUCACGCUUGAAUAACUUUUUCUGUGGCCUUCACUCUCUUGUUCAUAUUGCCGAAGUUGCUAACCAAUCCAUUCUGGAGGUCGAAAAGACAAAUUUCAACGAAGAUGUUCCUAUUUUCAACAAGAAAUUCCAGAAGAGCUUAGAAUCAGGGACUUUGAGAUUAAUACGAACAUGUUGUAAAGCAUUUUCUUACAACGGUGAUGCCAAAUCAGGAUGUCACGGCCCUUUUAUGACAUACAUUAAGGACUUCCUAAAAGAAAAUGGAAUGCAGAGUCUUCCUCUUACACCAUUCAAAGGAAAUCGUUUUAACAUCCUGUUUCAUAAUGCAGGCGUAGUGUAUUUUUUCCAUGAAAAUAUGGUAUCAUUUCUCAAAGACCAUGGAUCCAACCAGUGGGUUCUACAUGACCUGAAUACUUCUUUCUUUAUUGCUGGAUGCAAAGCUCUUGGAUUGAUUUGUAAACUUGUAACCUCUCCCCUAUGGAAUUUGAUAGAGAAGAAGGAAAUUCAUAUAAUGGAUAUGAAUAGGCACUAUUUGCAAUUAACAACAUUUCUGAGUGAUGCUUCCAACAACCUGGAUGAUUUCAUGUGUGGACAAAUUUUACCUUUUGGGGAGGAUACAUAUGUGAAAAGAGACAAAUUAUAUGAGAAGCUGAUUACACCAUCGCAAUAUGAUGGAGAGACAUGUACAAUCCUUGGAAUUAUUCUUCCUGCAAUCGCCAAACUAGCGAAGAAUCAUUUUCGAGACCAUCUACCUUGUGGUAAGUUUGCAAACCCAAGCGAAGAAUUGAAGGAAACCACAAAAAGUGUAGCCAAGCACAAUAAAUUCAGCGAGUCUGUUUUUGCAUAUUUGGAUGGCCUUAUGAGGUAUAAACCUCAUAUAAAAACACUCUCAGCAGAAGCUUAUGUUAUGUUCUCAAUGAAUAAGACAAAAACAUGGCUGGAAAGUAAGGACAAUGAAGAAGUGAACAGUCAACUAGAGGAUGCAUACAAGAAUGUAGCUAGAACAAGAGAAUUUUAUAAGGCACGCAGAGACGAAAUAGUUCAGAAGAAAGAAGCGGUUCUACAGGAGACACUUAAAAAAAAUCAAGAUGCAAGAAGAAGGAAGGAAGCAGAAAAUCUUCUUCAAACUAAUGACAUUCUGUUUUGGGGACUUUGGCAGACAGUCAAACAAGUGGAUGUGAUGCUGGAAACGAUGAAGGAUAAAGAAAAACUUGAUGCUCUGAAGUCACAAAUGAGAUUCCGUAAAAAUAUUCUAAGACAAACAAGCAACAACCCGAAAAUAUACAAUUUCAGCAAAUCUGUGAAUAAGAAAAGGAAAGACUUGUCUUGGAACGAAAUGGCAGAAAAUGUGAAAACCCUAAUUCUGGAGUCAUUUACGUUGCCGAGUGAGACUAGUAGUAAAAGAUCUGGAGAUGAAAGACUUUCGCUCAAUGGGAAAGACGUGCGACAUAAGUUUGUGAUAGAUGAACAAACUCAGUGGUAUGAUGGACACGUGAUCUCGCAGGUAUCUCAACGGGAUUUUGUUCCAUUUUUCCUCUCAGACUUUAAAUUCACUGAAAUAUUGUAUUUUCCCUCAUUUUUAUGACAAUAAUAUUCCCAAAUACUCCAGAUUUGCUUUCCAAAUUAACCAUUUGCUGUAUUUACUUGGAAAAUGUGCUUUUAAAGCAAAACAAUGAAACUUUGUGAUGUUUAAAUUUCCCAUUUUCAGAACUGAUUUUCCCCUAAGGUCCAAAAAGGGUAGUUUCACCUAAAUUCUAGAUUAAUCCCUGAAUAUGUUUUUAAAGUUUUCAUAGGUAAGGUGA